AGUCCCCAAUGUACAACAACUGAAACAAGGCACUUGUCUCACAGUGGCGAUGGGUAUUCAAAAGUUCAACUGUAGACAGCGUAAGCCAUACCGUCGUUUUGCGCCCUUCUUCUCCACUUCAAUAUUCAGCUCUGUGGAGCUCAGAAAGAGUAAAACAAAUCGAUUUGGAUUUCUCAUUUUGAUUCUUUGAGAUAACGAUAAUGUGCGAGCGUAUGGCUUAGGGUUUCGCAAGCCGUCGGGAGUUUGGAGUUUUAGAUCAGAGAUUCUCGAUUCAAUUAGAUAGCUCACAAAAUUUACCAAAUGGAGAUCAAAUUAGAGCAGGAGGACGCAGCUGAUUGGGUUUACAGAGGCGAAGGUGCUGCUAAUCUAGUUCUCUCUUAUACUGGAUCAUCUCCCCUUUUUAUUGGGAAGGUAAUGAGAAUACAAAAAGCAGCGAGGAACGGCUCUUCACAUUGUAUGGAGGAUCACACAGUAUUAACAGAGCAUGAAAGGUUGCUAUGGAAAGAGGCAGAAGAGCUAGUGUCGUCUCCUACAAAAGAACUGGCAGAGUUGCAUUAUGUGAAGGAUGUCAUGAGCCCUUUGUUGGGUCCCAAACACGUUGAUGCUGGUAUGCAUGUCCUAGCAUGUAGAGAAUUUCUUGAAUCUGUUGAGAAGAAAGUGAUUUGCCAGCGUCCUGCUUGGCGAGUUGAUGCUGCCAAGAUUGAUGUAAAAUGUGAUUUUGUGCUUCUCAUGACUGAUCAUUCUCUAUUUCCUAGUGGUAUUGUUAAGGUUGGGCCAUGCAUAUCUGUUGAGAUAAAGCCCAAAUGUGGAUUUCUCCCUUUUUCAAGAUUCAUAGCUGAAAGAAAUGCCAUUAAAAGGAGCACAACUCGUUUUAGAAUGCACCAAGUCCUGAAGUUGCGCCAACAUGAGAUAUCGGAGUUAAGUCAAUAUGAUCCGUUGGAUAUUUUCUCUGGUUCCAAUGAAAGAAUACAUAAAGCUCUCAAUGAUCUCUACAGCACCCCUCAGAAUAAUUUCCGUGUAUUCUUAAAUGGCUCUAUUAUAUUUGGGGGCUUGGGGGGUGGCGUGGAUAAAACUAGCAUUGUGAUUGAAAAAGCUUUUGAAGGCGCACUGAAGGGAGUCAUCCAGGCCGAUGAUGGUUUGCGUACAAGGAGUUUCAUUGAGCUUGUUGCUGAGACUGUUUAUAAUUCUCGAGUUUUGGAUCAGCUUCUUGAAGUUCAGAAGCUUGAUAGUAUUGAUAUUGAAGGGGCGAUUCAUGCUUAUUAUAACAUUAUUUCUAAGCCUUGCAUGGUGUGUAGAGAAUUGGAUGAAGCAAGAGUUCCACAUGGAUAUGCCUCCUUGCAUUCCAUUCCUUUGAGUGAGAGCUUGAAGAUCAUAAAAGAUUAUAUAAUAGCUGCAACAGCAAAGGACUGUAGUUUGAUGGUCAGUUUCAAACCAAGGGAAGAUAGGGAUUUUGGGUCUCCAUAUGGUAGUGUAUAUCUGAAAUCAACCAACCAAAACUUUGAUUACAAGGUGAAUUUCAUUGACUUGGAUUUGAAACCCUUAAAAAAGAUGGAAACCUAUUAUGAAAAGGACAAGAAGAUACUAAACUCCUAUGCUCAGUUGGCGAAAACAAAGCAUAUGAAAGGCAACACUUUGAGUAUGGAGGUUUUUGAAACUAUAAAAUGACAUUCAACAGGACUCUGGAGCAUUCUUACUUUACUGAAGAUUCUAUUGAGCGACUGUAUGAAGGUCAGCAAGACUGAGGCAUGGGCAUGGUUCAAAUCAGGAUCUCCAGCCAAGAUUGAAGGUUUGAGAGUUGUUGUGUUUUAAUUGGCCAAAUAGAACACACAUGCGGUCCAAUACAUUGGCGGCAGUAAGCAGCUGUAAAAUGUGCUUGAUAAUGAGGCGUUAGUCAUUGAAGUCAUCUCUCUGUAUAAGAGCUGGAUCUUUUAGGACCUCUUCUGAAGUUUUUACAACAAAAAUUGACAAAAGGUGGCAAAAGUAGGGUACGUCGUACUCAUUCAGCUAACCCCAAUGCCUACUAAAGCUGAAUUGAUAAAUUGAAGGACUGUUGCAUGCCCUUUAGGCCACGACAGUUUCAAAUACAAGAAAACUGUAGUGUCAGUGGAGCUGCUCUGUUCAAAAUGCAGGCAGAAGGUGAUGAAGUUAAUUGCAACAAUUGAAGGGAUAACUUCUAUUGUCCUUGACCCUUCGAAGAAUACAGUGACAGUGAUCGGUGAAGCUGAUCCAGUGAAGAUCAUUAACAAGGUCAGAAAGUUUCGAAGGUCUGCAACAAUUGUGAGCAUAGGGCCUGCUAAGGAAGAGAAGAAGGAAGACAAAGAUUCACUGAAGAAAGAAAUGAUCGUUAAAGAAAUGAUCGUUCCUUAUGCUCCAAGGGCAUGUCAGAGAUGCGAUGUUUGGUAUGUGGUUGGUGAUGAUUUUUAUAGUUAUUGUUCUAUCCUGUAAAUAAGAAGAAUAUGUUAUGUUUCCGUGUUUUAAACAUCUUUAAGUUCUAUUGCAUGCUGAUGAAAAUUACUUCUAAGCAACAAUGAUUUUUCCCCAACAAUUAUCUAUACAGCUUGCUUCUUUGCUUUC